AUGGGGAAAAUAAGCUACAAGAAGCUAAAAGGAAGCCAAAAUCUAAGGCAACGUCUCGUAUUGGCUCUGCUUUCGUCUACACCGGUUCAUAUCGAGGACAUACAUGCAGAGGAGACGUGGCCUGGUCUCCGUCCUCACGAGGUCUCCUUCAUCCGCUUGCUCGAGAAGGUCUGCGAUGACUGCUCCGUCGAAAUCAACGAUACUGGCACGAAAUUGAAGUUCAAGCCGGGGAUCGUGAUGGGCGGGAGGAAUCUGGUGCACGAAUGCGCUCUGAAUCGGGCAAUUGGUUAUUACUUGGAGCCAUUGAUUGUGCUUGGUCUCUUUGCCAAAAAACCCCUUAACAUUACGCUUAAAGGAAUUACAAAUGAUUCAAAGGACCCAUCUGUUGAUACAUUCCGGUCUACUACUUUGCCCAUGUUAAAACACUUUGGAGUUCCCUCAGAAGGGUUGGACCUAGAAAUACUGAGUCGUGGAUCUGCUCCUCAAGGAGGUGGUGAAGUGUUGUUGUCAGUUCCGGUUGUUCAAAGUCUAACAGCAGUUACCUGGACUGAUGAGGGGAUGGUUAAGAGGAUUAGAGGGAUUACAUUCUCUACAAGAGUGGCUGUGCAGUUUGAAAAUACCAUGGUAUAUGCAGCUCGUGGAAUCUUUAAUCCCUUUCUCCCAGAUGUUCACAUAUUUACCGACCAUAGACAGGGCACCCAAGCUGGAAAAUCACCUGGUUAUGGAAUUUCAUUGGUUGCGGAAACAACUUCUGGUUGCUGUAUCUCUACUGAUACAGCAGUUUCCUAUUCACGUCAGGAAGAAACAGCUGAGCUUGAAGAUGAGGAGAAGAAAGAGCUGAUGUCUCCAGAGGACGUUGGUGUGCAAAUGGCUACUGUUCUGCUUGGGGAGAUUGAGCAGGGUGGAGUGGUAGAUUCAACACACCAGGGUUUGUUGUUUCUUCUCUGUGCAUUAUGUCCACAAGAUGUUUCAAAGGUUCGUGUUGGAAAGCUCUCUCCUUACGGGAUAGAAACACUCAGAAACAUCAAAGAUUUUCUCGGAGUUACAUUUGUCAUCAAACCUGACCCAUCCACAGGGACUGUUAUACUUAAGUGUGUGGGCUCUGGGUUUAGGAACCUAUCUAGAAGGAUUUCGUGA